GGUUCUUGCCAACUGUUACUACUUGUUAUUGUAAGAUUGAAAGUCUUCUUCUGAUUAAGAUGGGUCUAUUUUGCCGGCUAGUCCUGAUGCUGAUGGUGGUGGGGUUAUUAGGCAGUGUGGAAGUCUCAUUAACCAGUUCAGUGACCAUGAAACAAUUCCUUGAACCGCAGAACAAGGCGAGACAAGCCGUUGGAGUUCCCCCGCUUACAUGGAACAGCACGGUUGCUGCUUAUGCUCGUAAUUAUGCUAGACAAAGAAGAAAUGACUGCCUACUUCAACAUUCAGAAGGUUCGCCCUACGGUGAAAAUAUAUUCUGGGGUGAAGGCCCAAAGUGGACGCCUCUACAGGCGGUGAAUGCUUGGAUUGAUGAAAGGAAGUGGUAUAUUCAUGCCAAUAACACUUGCACGGGCCCAGAUUGCACACACUAUACUCAGAUUGUGUGGGCAACAACCACAAGUGUUGGGUGUUCUAUUAUAAAAUGUAAGAGCAGGAACACGUGGGUCAUAUGCAGCUAUGAUCCCCCGGGCAACUAUAUUGGCGAUAGGCCUUAUUGAUGGCCUGAGUAUUGCCAGAAUACAUGUUGCUGUUAGGAAGUAGUAAAAUUAUUUUUUCUGAUAUCUUAUUCAUUGUAUGGCGAAAUAGAAUAAUACUGCUGUU